CAUUGUCUGUAAUGGGGGACAGGUCAAUCGACAGAGGAAGGCGUGAAAUUAUUUCCACGUUGACAAGAUAGCCCAUUCCUUUGAAGAUAACACAUACUUGGCACACUUCAUGAAGGAUCCUCAUCAGACAACACCUGAACUGGAGUGAUAACAUACGGACACUAAUUUUAAGAUGGAUCCACAAAUUCUGAUUGCCGCGGCAGUUUCCUUCAUCAUCCUGGUGAUUCUCGUUUACCUCAUCUCAGUUUUUGGCAUGCGAGAGAAAUCAUUUGAUGAAGUAAUGGCAGAGCAAAAGAGGCGUCAAGAAGAAGAGCUCCUGAAGAGCAGAUCUGAAAAGAAAGCUGAGAAAGAGUCUAAAAAGAAAUGGAGUCGUAGGAAAACAGAGAAAACAAGGGAAAAGGGUUUGUAUUCCCAGUCAGAAGUAAUAGUUGAAACGUCUACUGUUUCUGUUAAGCCUAAAACCCUGGAGUACGAUCCGGACCCAGAGAUCAUAAACCCAGAGGACUUCCCAUUCAAAGAAACCAAAGUGACAAAGUCCAAGAACAAGAAGACCAAAUCCAUUUUAGUCAACAAGGAAGAAAAGGCUCCUGUAAGCAAUGAGCUUCAUGCUCCAUCACUGUUUCACCCGUCAGCUCCACCUAAAGAUGAGGUGGAACUUAGGCACAAGACUGUUACAGAGGAGCAUAAAGUCACGAAGAAGCAAGAGGAGCGACCAUCUAAAGGGGAUGGGAAGAUUUUGGAGACAAGCAGCCAUGUAGUGAAGGAAGAGAUGAUCAGGGCAACAACCGAUGUUCAGCAUACUUCAUCCACUCUUUUAAACAGCAGCAUGACCAAAACAGCUGAUAAGAAGAAGACAAAGGCGCACGGUGGAAGUGGAGAUGCUGAGGCUACCUAUACCACGAAUCGCCUCAUUUCGGCAGUGAGAAGCGCAACGCUGAACGACGUUGAAGUGCAGACAAUGAUUGACAUUCUCCUGAACAAGCAGCAAGGCUCGGCAGCCAUUGAAACCUGGAGCAAGAAAAGCCAAAAGGGAGACCCAGUUGCACUGUUGAAGAAACAGCUGGAGGAAAAAGAAAGAGCUCUCCAAGAAGAACAACAACUUGCCAUGGCUGCAAACAACAAGCUGAAAGAAGUAAAACAGGAAAUUGCGCAAGAAAAGGCCCGCUACUCAUCCUUGGAGAAGAAAACUGGCGAGAAGAUGUCUCUUCAGGCCAAGGAGAUCCAAGCUCUCCACGCCCGGAUGCAGCAGACCCACGAAACCCACAUGGUGGAGAAGAACAGCCUACAAGCUCGCAUGUCCCAGAUGGAGAACCAGAUGGGACCCGGCAACCAGAACCUCAUACAGAAGCUCACUGAUGAAAACAAACAGCUGAAGGAAUCCUUGGAUAAGAUCAAAGCGGAGAGUAUUCCAGCAGCAGACAUGAGCAGACUCACCCAGAAGAUACAAAUUUUGGAGACCGAGCUGGGAAAUUCCCACAUCAAGUUAAACGCUGCAGAAAACUCAAAAAAGACCCUGGAGGCAAAAGUAGCUAAAUAUGAAGAACAGCUAAGAUCUGUGGAAACUGGACAGAAGGACACAGAAGUGGUUCUCUCCAAAAAGCUUGAGGAGGUCAGUCAACAGUUGAGAAAGACUGAAGGUCAGAAGGACACACUGAGCACAGAGAUGCAGAAAGCCCAGACAGAAUGUCAUGCUCUCAAGACUCAGCUGAAGGAGCUGGAAAAGACACUGUCCGGUGCCAACGAGAACUCUAAAGGUCUGCAGGCAAAGCUUGAGCCUUGGUAUACUUACACUUGGGGGAUGGCAUCGGAGCAGCAGAAAGUGACUCUACAGACAAGCGUUCAGAGCCUGGAGCAAAGAAUGGAAAACUUCCGUAAAGAACAGGCAGAGAAGGACGCUGAACUGAAUAAACUGCGCGUGGACAACCGCAGUUUGUCUGACCAGUUGAGGAAACAGACAGAGCGACAACAGGGUGAGGGCCAAGAGGAACCCUCCCAGCCUGAUGGGGCUCCCAACGGCCACCUUAACCACGACACUAAGGUGGACAAGAGUACCAUUCAGCUGCAGGAGUACCAGAAACUGCUGUCUGAGAAGGAAAAGGAGAUCGCAAGAUUAACCAGUGACUUAAAUGGAAAACAUGAGGAAAUCAGCAAGCUGACUCAAGAAAUAGAGAAGCAGAAGCAGAAAAAUAAUGAAAUUCGAGAAAAGAACUGGAAAGCUAUGGAAGCCUUAGAUAAGACAGAAAAAUCUAUAGAGGAAAGGGUUGUCAAGGCUGUAAAUUCAUCAAGGGAAAAGUACACAGCAGAGCUGAAAGAUUUUGAAUCAUAUGACAAGUCUGUAAUGCAGAGGAUUUUCCCAGAAAUUUCAGUUAGUUCAUCAAUGGCCCAUAAAGAUUGGAUGAGUUCAUUUGAAGAGGAGGCUGUGACUUAUAUUUCUACCUUGUCAUCGAAAGCUGGUUCUCCGGUUGUGGAUCCCAGGAAGGAAGAGAGACUAAAACAAGCAGAGGAAAGAGCUGUAGAAUUAGAAGAUAGAUUGAGAGAAGCCAUUGGAAGGUCCCAGGAGUUUGAAGGUCAGCUGAGAGAAGCAGAGGAGAAAGCAAUGGAUGCAAUGAACAGAUUGUCUGAGGAAGAGAGUAGAGCAUCCGAUCUUGCCAGUAGAUUGAGAGAAGCAGAUGCCAAAGCUAGUGACACAUCUCGCCUUUUGACAGAGGUGGAGAGCCAGCGUCAGUCGGUGGAGGUACAGCUAAGGGAAGUUAACAUGAGGAAAACAGAGCUGGAGUCCCGUCUCCAGACAGUUGAGGCUGAGUUGCAGAAGAUGGAGAGCAGUUCUAGUCAGACAACUGUCACAGAAACCCGGCUUUUGGAAGUCGAACAACAGCGGGAUAAAUUAGAGUCUCAAAUUAAAGAAUAUAGAAGUGUCCUUUCAGAAACAGAAGACAAAUUACAACAACUACAGACUAGUGUGGAAUCUGAGGAACAGAAGUGGAUUGCCAGACUGCAAAGUACAGAAGCAGAGCUAACAAAGACUCGACAGGAGUUGCUCUCGUUAACAGAAGAGUUCUCCAAGUCAGCUGGGAGUAAUGAGGAUCUCGACCACCUGGGCUUCACGUACAGGUGUGUCGAGAAAAGUCUUAAGACCAUUGUAGAAGAGAUGGAGGAGAAAAUCAUAUCCAUGGAGAGCCAGCUAAAGUCCUCUGAGACAAAAUAUACCACUGUACAGAAACAGUUGUCUGAGGCUCAAACUAAAAUAUCGUCUUUACAAAUCCAAUUAUCUGAAGCUCAGCAGUCCAGCUCAAGUUCAGAUCUCCAAGAAACUGUCACAUCCUUGAGACAGCAGUUACAGGUGGCUGAGGAGAAGAAAAACGAAGCUGACCUCCAGGUGAUAGAGUUGGAGAACCGUAUUACCGUUUUACAAACACAGCUUCAAGACGGAGAGAAAUCAGAUGUAGAUCUCUCAGCCCUUAAAAAGUUGAUAGCAGAAUUACAGGCUCAGGUGGAAGUAGAGAAGAAGCGAAAUAAAGAGUUGUCCUCAAAUGUUGUGAGGUUAAACGGAACAGUGAAAAUCGGCCAGGAUGCGCUGGCGGAGGAGCAGCGACUAGUCAAGCAGCUGCAGGACCAACUGGCUCUCAAGAAUGGAACAGGACCCGUAGAUGCAGAUUCAUUAAAAGCCAAACUAGCUGAUACACAAAAACAGCUGGAGAGAGAAAUCAUGGCUAAUCGACAGCUCAGCCAGAGACUGGCCCAUUGCUGAUAUUUGUGGGAUUAAUUCAUUAUCACUUGUAAGGCUGCUUCAGCGGGAAAUGAUGUAGGAACAUCUGUGUAAUGAACCGGCUGGACGCCAUGGAUACAGGAACUUGUUACCUGUUCACCCCUCCUAGGCUGAAAUGGAUCUGCUCCUCUCCAGGAUUUUAUGUCGCCAGAGUGGUCACCAUUUUAUGUUCUCAUCCCUAUGCUAAUGGGACCGAUUGCAUUUUAUUUGUGGACCAAGUCUAUUUUAUUGUCACUACACAUAAGACUAUAGUUGAUCAGAGAUAGGCCUAUUGUUUAUAUCUUGUUCUGUUAUUGUCUGUCUUAAUAGUUACAUUAUUGUUAAUCGAUAAUACAGCCCACUAUGCUAUAUUUAUGUCGCAAAAUUAUUUCAUUUGGAGAUGUUAUGUAUACUAUUAUUUUUUUUGGCUACUGUUAAUUGUUUCAUUCUUUAUUGUUUUCAAACAAACUGGUUCAGUUUUGUUUACCCUUUUUUAAAAGUACUGCACCAGUGAUGCAACACAUGGAUUUCAGAAGAGUUUUUGAUGAUUUCAAAAGAUAAUGUUCACAGUGUUCUCUUUGUGUAUGUUUCUGUUAAAUUUGAGUGUAUUUUUAUGAGACUUAAAUUUUGGCUUGAUUACAAAGUACCACAGUUGUUGCCCCAUUGACUUGGUAGGUAUUUUACUUACUUGACUUAAUUUUUAUUAGGUUAACUUUACGAUUCUUCUGUAUCUGGCCAGUUCUAGACUUCCGGUUUUCAUUGAAUAUGUACUUUGUGUGUAAGGUUAAGACUUUAGUUUGACACUUGUGAACUAGGCUAAAUUGUUUGAAGUUAGCUCAUUUAUGUGAGAGUAUCCGGUUUUGAUGAAGUUUGACAGUUUACAGUCUGUUUUGGUCCUUGCCAUGAAAACUUGUGGCACCCACAGUCCUGCUGUAGAUCCACAACCAUUGAAAUGAAAAUGGUCCACAACAAUGUGACAGUCUUCACACAAAAUGUACUGUAUAUACCUCUUGUGUCAGGUUGGUUCUUUUGAACUCAGCCGGUGAUCUGAAUAUAUAUUUCCUGAUUUCUCAUUAGCCCAUAAAAAAUGACCUCAUUGUUUUAAAUAUUCUGUGGCAGUUGUUGAAUGUGCAUUUUUUUUCCCCC